AUGUCAUCGGUCUUCGUUCGCUAUAUCUGCUUUUUGGGGACCAUCGGCGGUAUGCUUUCGACCACGGCACGCCAAAUCCACCAACAUGGUAGAGACGUCAUACAAUGGUCAAACAAUACCAAAUCCCAGGGGCCAGAACUGAUCACAUCUUCAGCAAAUAGCAUGACCGACUUGUCUUACAUGGAACCAUGGACGUCGCAACGCUCGGCCAUCACACAGCCCACGUCGGAUUUAUCAACCUUUCCCCGGUACUCUAUGAGCCCAUCUCGCAUAUCGUCGAUCUCAGAAGCAAGAGCAGAUCAUGGGGGAAGUACUGCUCAACCAUCGGCUUACGCUAUCAGCGUGGGACCGGUCACUUAUCCCUCGCGGACAGCUAUGUCGACAACCUCGGAAGACACUGGGUUCACUAGGUCGACUUUGAUUGUUACAUCCUCUUCAACCUCAAAUUCACCAGGGACGGUGGAAACGCCAACAUCACAGCAAAGCUUCCUGGGCUCAGAUGUGCAGGGUUAUGUUCCCAGCUAUUCUGUGCCAAACACAGAUGUUGCCAGCAUGGCGAAAACGACUAAUGGGGGCUCCUACAUGACGCCUAUGGCUUUUACAAAACACCGCAAUACGUCUCCUCACCUACCUGCAGAGAUUACGGUUGUCACACCGCAAAAUUCCGAGUCGACAAUUCAAUCGAUACCAGAGAGCGCAGGAGACUCUUUAUCUGGUUUGCAACCUACGACAAGUGAGGUAACGAAUCAUAUAACUCAACCGAGCGCUGGCUCGAACAGGGUACAGAAUGAGUCAGGUGCAGAAUCACCUAGCGCGGGUUCUUCGGUAUCUCUAGCAGACACCGCUGCACCCGGGACCUCCUCACUAGACAUAGAUCAAGUAUCCACUGCAAGUCUAGUGCUUGGUUUGACCAUUUCCAACGUCGGGGCUAGACCCACAGCCUCAACCAAAGACGGCGACCCAAGCAUGGGGGACAUUAUCCUGGGUGGCAGCUACACGACAGAUGCAUCGGCACUCAAAAAUACGACGCCCAUUUCAACAUUUCAGACUUACUGGCCAACAGUCCUCUCCACUGGCUCCUCUCCGGGGUCGAUCGAGUCUAUACACCCAGCAACAUAUAGCCACACCGGCAGACCAGCGCUGAUAGAUAGCUCGAGAACCAGAAGUCCGGUGAGCAGUCAUCUUCCACUUCAGGCGGCGCAGAUGACAGUGGCAUCGCUGCGAAGGAGCUCCCUCGAUGACGUACUCACAAGUUCAGACAGCAGCACAGUCACCGGCCAGACCUAUGAAGGCGCCAUUUCGCCCCUGGCUAUAGCAACCGAGUUCGCCAAGCAGGAUAGGGUGGAGUUGGGGACGUCAACAGGCUUCCAAUCGCAUACUGGAUCCGGAAUUAAGAUGAAACUCGCUACAGAAGAGAGCGCACUCCGCUCAUCGAGUAAUGGGACAACGACUGCGAGCCUGAAGUCUGUCGUAUCGGUCACACAAUCACAUACCACAAGCCGGCGAUCAACUCUGAGCACGUCUUCUGCAGGAUAUGUGUCUUACAUUACCACCGUUAUUACGAGCACUGUUGUUGCUGGCGACAUUAUGGCGACAUCUUCAACCAGUGCCUCAUCAGUCGUAGGGGAUACAUCUGAAUCGCACAAAGUGUUGAAGAAUAAACCACCGGGAGCGUCAAAAACCAUUGUUUCCGGUCUCAUUUUCGAUGCUCACUGGUUGCCCACGACAGUACCCUGGAAUUUAAUGUGCUGGCAGUCCGGCCAUCUAAGGAAGGUCAGAACCGGCAAGAUCAUGUUCUCCGUUUUCUGCGUUUUUCCAACAGACAUCAUACCGGUUAUUCUCUCGAUAAUCAGUGUAUUCCACUGGAAAGACAAUACUACUGGUCUGGGCAGGCUAGUCCUCAUUGACAGAAGAGUCAGCUUGAAAGUCCUGGCUAUCAUGAGAGAGAUCAAGCAGUCGUUUAUCAGUCCCCUGUCUCAAUCGUCUAUCCAGCUUUCAGACAGUGAUGAGGAUUUAAGCUCCGGGACCGAGUAUGUUCCGUCUGACAUCGACGAGGAAAAGGAGUAUGAGAGGUUAGAAACUCAAACAAAAGAACCCAUCAAUGACGAUUUGUUUGUCGAUCCGUCUCUGGGGAGCCACACAGUCUCCUUUACUAUGCAGGUGAGUGCACCGAUAGUCAGCACUGAUCCGGAACUUACAAGCAAAUGUGAAGGCAAUCCUUGA